GGCUCCGCUCGGCCAGACUCGUCUCGGCUCGUGUCGGUCCGGCUGCCCUCGACUGAGCUCGGCUCGCGAGCCGGUAGCCGGGUGAUUUUUCUGCUCGCGGAGCGAGAGCGCGGGCCCCGCGGCGGCGGCGCUGACGGGAGCACCAUGUUCCUUCGCUCCGUCAGCCUCGGGAACCUGGCGUUCUACGUCUUCAUGGUCUUUCUGGCCACCCUGGGGUUGUGGGACGUGUUCUUCGGCUUCGAGGAGAACAAGUGCAGCAUGAGUUACAUGUUUGAGUACCCCGAGUACCAGAAAAUAGAACUUCCAGAUAAACUGACGAAACGCUAUCCAGCCUACGAGUUAUACCUUUAUGGAGAAGGGUUCUAUGCUGAAGAACACAAAGUUCUCCCUCUGACAGGAAUUCCAGUUCUCUUCCUUCCGGGUAAUGCUGGAAGUUACAAGCAAGUUCGUUCUGUUGGCUCCAUCGCCCUCAGGAAAGCAGAAGACAUCGACUUUAAGUACCAUUUUGACUUCUUCAGUGUCAACUUCAAUGAGGAGCUGGUGGCGCUGUACGGCGGAACCCUUCAGAAACAGACCAAAUUUGUACAUGAGUGCAUCAAGGCCAUUCUUAAACUUUACAAGGGCCAAGAAUUCGCUCCCAAAAGUGUGGUAAUAAUUGGUCAUUCCAUGGGUGGCCUUGUUGCAAGAGCACUGCUUACACUGAAGAACUUUAAACAAGAGCUGAUAAAUCUCCUCGUCACACAAGCCACGCCUCAUGUGGCUCCUGUGAUGCCACUGGACCGUUUCAUUACAGAUUUUUAUAUGGCUGUAAACAACUAUUGGAUUCUAAAUGCCCGACACAUAAAUUUCACCACGCUUUCGGUAGCGGGCGGAUUCCGGGACUAUCAAGUUCGCUCAGGACUGACUUUCCUACCAAAACUGAGCCACCAUCCCAGUGCCUUAUCUGUUGUGAGCUCAGCGGUGCCUAAGACGUGGGUCUCAACGGACCACCUCUCCAUUGUGUGGUGUAAGCAGUUGCAGCUGACUACAGUCCGAGCGUUCUUCGAUCUUAUUGAUGCUGAUACUAAACAAAUAACUCAAAAUCCCAAGAAGAAAUUGUCAGUUUUGAAUCAUCACUUCAUAAGACAUCCAGCAAAACAUUUUGAGGAAAAUCCAGCAAUAAUUUCUGACUUAACAGGGACAUCUAUGUGGGUUCCAGUAAAAGUGUCCAGAUGGACCUAUGUGGCUUACAAUGAAUCAGAUAAGAUAUAUUUUACAUUUCCUCUUGCAAAUCAUAGAAAAAUCUAUACUCAUGCCUAUUGUCAGAGCACCAUGCUGGAUACAAACAGUUGGAUUUUUGGCUGUAUAAACAGUACUUCUAUGUGCCGACAAGGGGUUGAUCUGUCAUGGAAAGCUGAACUGCUGCCAACAAUUAAGUCUCUGACAUUAAGGCUGCAAGACUACCCUUCUUUGUCUCAUCUUGUGGUCUACGUUCCGUCUGUUCGCGGGAGCAAGUUUGUGGUAGAUUGUGAAUUCUUUAAAAAAGAGACUAGAUCAAUACAGCUUCCUGUAACUCAUCUUUUCUCCUUUGGAUUGUCUUCAAGGAAAGUACUAUUGAAUACGAGUGGCCUGUACUACGAUAUAGAACUGCUAAACUUUGGGCAGAUAUACCAAGCUUUUAAACUCAACGUGGUAAGCAAGUGCUCAGGAGCCAAAGAAGAAAUAACGAGUAUCUAUAAACUUCAUAUCCCCUGGUCUUACGAAGAUUCACUAACUAUUGCACAGGUUCCAUCUUCUACCGAAAUCUCUGUGAAACUUCAUAUUGCUCAGCCGGAAAGUGACAGCCAUGUGGCAUUAUUAAAAAUGUACACAUCAUCAGACUGUCAGUAUGAGGUGACAGUGAAGACCUCCUUCUCACAGAUUCUGGGACAGGUAGUGAGGUUUCAUGGCGGCGCGCUGCCUGCCUACGUUACGUCCAGCGUCCUCCUUGCCUACGGCGGACAGCUGUCCUCCCUUUUCUCAACAGGUUAUUGUUUAGAAUAUGCUGCCAUAUUGGAUAAAGAAGCCAAGCCAUACAAAGUUGACCCUUUUGUAAUUAUGAUUAAGUUUUUAUUGGGGUAUAAAUGGUUUAAGGAACUGUGGGACUUACUGUUGUUACCGGAAUUAGAUGCCAUCGUUCUAACGAGUCAGAGCAUGUGUUUCCCCCUUGUGUCCUUGAUUCUCUUUCUGUUUGGAACGUGCACCGCCUACUGGAGCGGCCUGCUCUCCUGCGCAUCUGUGAGACUCCUUUCUUCCUUGUGGCUGGCUUUGAAAAGACCCUCUGAACUUCCUAAAGAUGUCAAGAUCCUGUCACUAGAUUUGCCCUUCCUGACAGUUGCUCUGCUGGUCGUUAGCUGGACUACCUGUGGCGCACUCGCUAUCCUGCUCUCCUAUUUCUGCUACCUGUUCAAGAUUGUUCAUCUUCAGGCAAGCCUAACAAAUUUUAAAAGUAGCCAGGCUGUGAAUCCCAAACUCGCUAGAAGUGAAAAAAAGCCGGGGCACUAUAAAGACCCCGCAGCGCGGCCCCUGUGGCUGUCGGGGGCGGAAGCGGAAGACAGCCUCCGCAUGCACAGCGUGGUGCUCAACCUGCUGGGCUGGGUGGUCCUGCUCAGCAUGCCCUCCUUAGUCUACUGGCUGAAGAACCUGCGGUAUUAUUUCAAACUUCAUCCUGAUCCAUGUAAACCUUUGGCAUUCAUCCUUAUUCCAACCAUGGCAGUUCUUGGAAAUACUUACACUGUUUCAAUAAAAUCAAGUAAGCUGCUGAAGACCGCCUCCCGGUUUGCUCUGCCUCUGGCUGUCGCUGUGGUUGCUUUUGGGUCAGCCCACUUAUACAGGGUCCCAGGAUUUGCCUUCAUUCCUCUUCUACUCCACGCCUUGUGCAACUGGAUGUGAGAGGGCCGGAAGGGAUGACCACGGCCAUCGCUGGCUGAGGGCCAGGGUCACAUGGACACAGAGCACUCACCCCGACAGCAGAGCCCUUUGGAGACAGCUAUUUUCACAGCCUAAGGAAUCGAAAGUUAGGCUCCUACCACCUGAGGGAAGGAGGCCACAAGCAGUGCGGCCGGCCUGGGGCCUGGCGAGGGCUCGCAGCCACGUGUGCCUGAUGACUGCUGUGCCCAGCCCAGGUCUGCGCCCUGCCGGCCGGCCGGCGGCAUCCAGCUAUUUCAGCACCUUCUGAAAAGCGGCUUGUUUGCUAUUUGCUGUAGUUCAAUGUUGUGAAACAUUGAAAUAAGUUUUCCAGGAGUGAUGAAGCUCCCAACUGUUUGGCUUCUCAGAACUCAGGGCCACAGAGACCCUUGGUCCCUUCCGGCAGCUCUGGGGUCAGGGCAAGCAUCUGUCUGCUUCAGAUGUGAAAGAGCUUUGCCUCCAUGGCGAGCUGUUUCUGGUAAGCAGAGUAAGAUCAAUGAGUGGAAACGUGGUUCAGAAUCAGAAUAAGGACAUUUUCAUGUUAUUGUCAAGUAUGAAUCAUGUCUGCUAAUUUAAAGAAUCUUGUCAUGGAUGUUAUUGGACAUUUGAAUAGUUCAUUUUGGUGAUUUAGUUCAUUGUCAUGAUUGCUGAGGCUAAACUGUUAACUAAAAGUUAGUAAUUGGCAAAAACCCUAGGUUAGCGCCAUUGCUUGGUGCCAAGGAUGGCACCAAGUUGGAUGUAUGAAUUUAUAGUGUUGGGGUACCAGGAAGUGCAGCACUCGUGUAACAGCGUGCCUGAAGACGCUGGGGAGGGUCGCCACAAGAUUGAACAGUGGGCCUUCCAUGCCCAGCCCAGCGUAACUGUUGGCCAGAUGAAGGCGUAGCAUAUCUGUGUAACUUCAGAUUUCAGUUCCCGCUUAGCUAGGAAACAGUCUGAAGGGUACGAGCAGGGCAGGAGAAUGCAAGUUCUCUUUGCCUCCAGAGAGCGAAUUUGGGCUGCGGAGUUCCAGGCUCCUAGAGCUCUUGUUUUACAUGGGGAGACUUUCAGCAUGCAAAACUCCUCCCGGAAUGUCCUGCAUGGCACCUGUGAACUGGUGUCCUUUCGGGGUUGGGGCUAGUGAUGGUGAGCUUUUAGAGCCCUCAGUGAUACAAACAGCCCCCGAGGCCUGUGUGCCCGUCCUGGAGCCUCUGGGUCCCACGCGUCUCGGCACUCGCCACCUCGAGUUCCUCCUGGUCUUCUGCCUGCAGCAGCCCACCUUCUUCCCCCCCAGUUUCUCCUCAGCCUGUGCUGUUUGGCGUUAGUCAGAGAGGCUUCCAAGUGUAUACAGCUGUGUUCCAGCUCUGUGUUUAUCACUCGGGGUGCACAUUGUUGCUCCUGAGACCCUAAAGACAGUGGUGGCCUAUAGUAGAGGAGACAGACUCGCCAGGCCGUGUCAACUAAGACAGAGACGGAAGGAACAGGCUCCCGUGCUUGUGUUCUGAACCCGAGAGGAAGGUGCUGAUGAGCGCUCGCACUCGCCGCACGGCACCCUGGGUGUGUGUUUAGAGGGGGACACAUUGCCUGUGUCUGGCAACAUACAAAGUAGCUUUUACUUUUUUUUUCCACUAGGGAUCAAACUCAUGACCUCGUGUUUACCAGGGAAGCAUUUUGAGCCACGGAGCUAAAUCUCUAGCCCUUGAAAACACCUUUGUCUUGCCACUAAUACUAAGUGUAUCCCAAGCCUUGGUUAAACAUGUCAUUUAACUCUUUCUGAAUUUGAACUUGGGUCCAGGUAUGGGAAAACUUUGAAAGAAUUUUAGAAUAUUAAUUUGAUCUUCAGUUGACAGCCAUAAUCAUUCUGUUUAGGAGAUAGAAGGUCUCCUUGUUCGGUCAGUACUGCUUAUGAAUUUCUUACUCAGUAGCACAGCUGCCUUUUAAAGGAGCCAACCUGUCAUACUAAUUCCCACUAAAAUAUUUCUGUGUGAGUGUACUUACCACCAAGUCUUCAAGCCAUGUCUAUACCAACAGAAUAUUUUGUUUACGCAUUAUAAAAUGGGUUCUAAUUGAGUGUUGUCUUCACAGUGGUAAGAGUGCAUUGGCAGGCAGUACCCACAGAGCAGGUGUGCCCGUCCACCUAGUCCUCGUCUUGGCACUGGGUCUGAGCUGGCGCGAUGUGGUCUUGCGCUGGGUGGGUGAGUGCAGAACUUUAUCACGCGGCACUGGAGACGUUAGCAGCUGGUCGUCAAAGUCAUUUGGGAAAGUUCAGAGCUGUGUGGGGACUUUCUGCAACUAGGCGUCUGCUGGUUGUUUGGCAUUGACCUUCUUCGUGUUCCCAGUGGGUAGGGCUCGUGCAUUUGGGUAUCAUAGGAGACAGGAUGCUCAGGGAAGUUCAUUAUGGGAAAAUCAAUUUGGAGAGAAUGGCACUAGCCAGAAUAAUGGCAGCAACAGAAGACUGCCUGCUGUAGAUGUCAGACCCUGCCAGGGUCUUCCCUGACAAAUAAAUCCAGUUUAGAGGAACCUGUACAGAACUCUGAAAUGAUUGGGAACUUUUUGCUUUUUCAGUUGUUUGUGUUUGUUUUGUUUUUUUAGACAGAAUCUCACUAUGAAUUUCUCACUCAGUAGCACAGCCACCUUUUAAAGCAGUCGACCUGGCAAACUAGUUCCCACUAAAAUAGUGGGAAUGGUUCAGGCUGGCCUUGAACUCACUGUGUAGCCCAGGCUGGUUUAAAUUCAUAAUCGUCCAGAGUGCUGGGAUUGCAGACAUGCACCACCAUGCCCAGUUUAUCCCAGCGUUUUUGAACAAAGAAUGUUUCAAAUUAUGAAGUAAACUUUUAUUUAUUCACAUUAUUCAUGCUUUCUUCCACAGUAAGUAUUUGUUUAAUAACCUAAGGAAAUAGAAAAGCUCAUAAUCUACUUUUCACCAGGCUAAUGGGAAAGAAAAUCCAAAUCCUAAGUAUGUGUUCUUUGAAUGCUCAGGAAUUCACAUUUUAAAAAUAAGAUAUAUUAUGCAUGGAGAAGACUAAAUUUUACGUUAGGGAGGUAAUUCUGAGAACAGAGUUGGGAGCAGAACAGACAAGCGUUUCAUCAGUGAUAUAAAUGUGACAGUGCAUCUAACAUGUUUCCUUUAGAAGUCAGGUGUUACUCUUCACUACAUCUUGAUUAAAUUGUGUGUGGCUUAUCAUUUUUAAAUCAAGUAGUAUAGUACUUCCUCAAAGUGUUUGGCAUUGGUUAUGCUGCCAAAAGUGUCUUUAAAAGUAUUUUUAAAUAUCAUGACAUCGUUUAAUUUGAUAACUUUGUAUAGGACUUGAUAUGUAUGAGUCAGAAUCAACCUGUAAUUAUUCUGUACCUUGUAACUUCAGACACUUGUGAAAAACUGUUGGUGUGCUUUGGUGAGUUGUGUAAAUUUGCAUAUUUGAAUUCCAGUCUUAGUUUGGAAAGCCUAGCAGUAGCCAUUUUUGUAACUAUUAUAAUACUAUUUUUAAUAGUAUUUUGAUUUUUAGUGUUUAUAUAGAAAAGUUACCAGAAGAGAGUUUAUAGUCAAAGCACAGAGCUAUUAACUGUUCAAAAAGCUUAAAAGACAGGCCUAUUUUAUAUUUCAUGUUGCACUUGUUCUAUUUCAUACUGAACUUUUUCAUCCUUUUUUUAGGAAAAAAAGGGACAAAUUUAAAUUCUUUUUAGCAUAAAGCUCUGCAGUAGAAACUAUAUGACUGACUGUGUUCAUACAGUUAGCAAAACGUACUUCACCACCAAAGCUAAAUGAAACUGUAAAAUACCUCUGAAUAUUUGUGCCAAUGAACUUUUCUUAGUAUAUUGAGAUUAAAGCAAAAAAAUCUUUUCCAUAUUUUUCAUCUACAACGUAUAAUAAAUAUGUAUAUCAUAAAAAUCAUAUUCCAUACUCUAAUUUUUCUUUGAAAAUAUUCAGAGUUAUAGCGUAGUUUGUUCCAUUUUGUCCAUCCCUUGGAUGAUUUCUGAUUUUAUUGGAUAAAAGUCAGUUCAUGUGGUAACGGUCUUUCAGCAGUGAGGCGAAGUGUUCGUUCGGAAUGAUUCUGCCCGGAAUCAUUCUGUGGCAUGAAACACCGUGUGUGGUGCAGCCCCCUUCCCGGAACAGGUGCCUCCUUUAGGGAGUGAGGCUUCACUGGGGAGCCCGCCCUUCAUUGCCGAGGUGUAGUUACACAUCGUGCAGAGCGGGGCUGCCCGGGAGAACCCAACAGGGCACGGUGGGAGCGUCAGGAAAUUCAUCCGGUAGGCAAAAACGUUACAAAACUUGCAAGGACUAAUGCUAAAGGGUGAGGAUUUAUACUGCAUUCGGCUAGUGAGAGGAAAGUACAAAUACCAUAGACCCCAACACUGCUAUUUAUUUGCUUGAGACCCUUUCAUUUCUCCCCAUAGAAAGUCUAAGAAACUCCCAUCUGCCAUUUGAUGGUUUGCUUCAUCAUUUCAUGUCACCUGCUGUUUCUCCACACAGUAGUGUUAAUAGCAUUUGCAUAUGUAGCCCUGGAAGUGGAGAGGUAGCACAGAGCUGACUCCUGAAGUCUCUGGCUUUCAUUUAGUCCCAGUUUAAUUAUCCAGUGUGGACUGUGGGUGAUUAUUAGUGGAAAGAUGUGUAAGACAUGAAUCCCGUAUACACUGUCAUUUGGAAUGAGUUUAUCCAAAUAGAAGAUACCUGUAGUUUAACAUAAUCAUACUUCCCACACAGGCAAGUAGGUAUUUGUUGAAUACUCAUAGAAUUAACCCUGCCCUCCUGUACUGUGGGGAUGGAGGAGGCUCUGAUUUUUAGUGCAUAUAAAUUAAGAAAUUAUAAUGUAUGUUUAUAUUUAUAAUGGAAAAGUGACUUAAAUAUAUUAUUUUGAAGUGACUGUAUUACAGUUUCUUAAUCUUACGACGUGUAGCAGUGUACCCAUGAGAAACUAGACCAAAAUUGAGUAUCUGUUAUCACUGUGACCUUGAGCUUAGUCAUUUGGAAUAAAACAGACUGUGCCUUAAAAUGGUAAGGGAAUGUCCCUCAACUUUAUAAGGGUAUAUUUUAUUAUGGGCAGCCUCAUACUGAUCCCAGAUCCUUUCCUUUGAGGUUGUUGAAAUAGAAACUUCAAAGCUGACCAAUACUCAGUAUUUAGUACUUAGUAUUUGCAGAAGCCUCCUUUAAUUCCUAGUGUUGUUUUGAGUAAGAAAAAAAUAAAUAAUCAGCUACACAAAGGGAAAGAACUAAAUUUGGCUAUAGUUUGGGGGAGAAAAUUAUUUUAGGAGGUCAUAGUACUUCUAAACUUAUUGUACAUGGAAACUCACCUUCAGAAUAGGACGUUUUUAUCUUACUAAUGAGCACAGAUGUGAAUUCUUUACUAAGACUUACGCUCAUUUUUCCUCAGAUUGUGAGGCUUUUAUUUGUAUGUAUCAAAUAAGCUUAAUUUACCCAAUAAUGAUUUUGAAUAAUUAAACUCAGAUUUUUAAAAAAUUGUAUAAAUACAAAAUAACUUGUUUUUAAAAUGUAGGCUUGCAUUUAUACUGUGCUUAUUUAAGAUAAAUGGAUACAAUUUAAAGUCCAAAUUAUUUCAUUUACAGGACAGUUGAUGAUCUCUGCUAAAAGUUGCCAAAUUUCUGUGUUUUUGAAGUUAAUUUUGAAGUUCAGUUACAAACAUAAACUCAACACAUUUCUUGUGUUUUACUUCUUUUCCCCAUCCCAAGGCAGAAAAUAAAAACUUCCUCUAAAAAUAAGUGGAAAGAUAACAUGUCUUUUCUUAAAACCUGAUCAUUUUAACAAGAAAGUGCUUUGCACAAGGGUAUAUAACAAAAACUGGCUUUCAACCUGUGUCUCUUUUUAAUAUUGUAGUUUAAAACUUGUAGAGUACAAACUUACAUUGAUGGUUAGUAUUAUUUAUUGCAAGUUAAUUUUGUUCUUAUCCAGAAGGUACAGUGCAUCAUGACAAUACUUAGUACAAAGGACUUGUCCUGUCGUGUGUACUGAAAAAUGAUUGUCACCUUCCAGAUCUUUCCAUUUGAACAGGCAUGAUCUUUUCCAGGACUUUGUACAGUGUGUGGUGUGCUAAAAAUAUUUAUAUGUAAUUCUGUCUGUGGUUUUGGUAUUAUGUAUUAACAUUGUUACAUUUAGUUGCUUGUAACUCAGAAAAAGUGCUACUUACUGUACUUGGCGGUGUUGUGAAUGAUGUGACUGAUUUUACCUGAGUUCCAGCAUUAUGGUAUGGGUUUAAUAGAUGGGUAUUUGCCUUCAGUCUUUGCUCAGGUAUUAACGUGUAGCAAUUUUUGGUGCUUUCUUUUUAUUCUGUCCUAAUGUGGUAUUCUGAAUGUCCACAAAUAAAUUUGGUGGAUAAACA